CCUCCCGGCCCUCGGGGGCUCGCCCCACCGCGCCCCCGGGCGCGCGCCCUCGGGCUUCCCUGCGCCCCCCGUCUCCCGCCCCCAGCGAGCCCCGCUCCCCGCCCUGGCCGGCCGGCAUGCAGGUGUCUAUCGCUUGCACCGAGCAGAACCUUCGCAGCCGGAGCAGCGAGGACCGUCUGUGCGGGCCCCGGCCGGGCCCCGGGGGCGGUAAUGGCGGGGCGCACGGGAAUCCUCCAGGGGGAGGAGGGUCGGGCCCCAAGGCCCGGGCCGCGCUGGUCCCCCGGCCUCCAGCGUCCUCUGGGGCCCUCCGAGAGAGCACCGGCCGGAGCACCGGCAUGAAAUACAGGAACCUAGGAAAGUCUGGUCUCCGGGUGUCCUGUCUUGGCCUGGGAACCUGGGUCACCUUUGGGUCUCGGAUCUCUGAUGAGAGCGCAGAGGAUGUGCUGACGGUGGCUUAUGAGCAUGGCAUAAACCUGUUCGACACCGCCGAAGUGUACGCAGCUGGAAAGGCUGAAAGAACGCUAGGCAACAUCCUCAAGAGCAAAGGUUGGAGGAGAUCAAGCUAUGUCAUCACCACCAAGAUUUUUUGGGGAGGACAGGCUGAAACGGAGAGGGGCUUGAGCCGCAAACACAUCAUUGAGGGCUUGCGAGGAUCUCUGGAACGGCUCCAGCUGGGAUAUGUGGACAUCGUCUUUGCCAAUCGCUCAGACCCCAACAGUCCCAUGGAGGAGAUUGUGCGAGCCAUGACUUACGUCAUCAACCAAGGCCUGGCCCUGUACUGGGGGACAUCUCGAUGGGGGGCUACAGAAAUCAUGGAGGCCUACUCCAUGGCCAGGCAGUUCAAUCUGAUUCCUCCCGUGUGUGAGCAAGCUGAGCACCACCUGUUUCAGAGGGAGAAGGUGGAAAUGCAGCUGCCAGAACUCUACCACAAGAUUGGUGUUGGCUCAGUCACCUGGUCUCCUGUGGCCUGUGGCCUGAUUACUAGCAAGUAUGAUGGGCGAGUCUCUGAUACCAGUAGGGCCACCAUCAAGGGCUACCAGUGGCUCAAGGACAAGGUGCAGAGUGAGGAUGGCAAGAAGCAACAGGCCAAACUCAUGGAUCUCCUGCCCAUGGCUCACCAGCUGGGAUGCACGGUGGCCCAGCUUGCUAUAGCGUGGUGUCUCCGCAGUGAGGGUGUCAGCUCUGUCUUGCUGGGGGUGUCGAGUGUGGAGCAGCUGAUAGAACACCUAGGGGCCCUACAGGUGCUGAGCCAGCUGACCCCGCAGACCGUAAUGGAAAUCGACGGGCUCUUGGGAAGCAAAGCACAUUCCAAGAAAUAGUCCUUGGGGGGCGCCGGGAGCCCAAACAGGACCGCCGCCCCACUCCAGCACCGCUUCCCUGCAGCUGCCGCUCGCCCGCUCCGGACCUCGGGUAGCCCCGCCCCUCGGGUAGCCCCGCCCACCGUAGAGUCCGGCUUUGAGUAGCAAUACGCAUGACAAAGCCAUAUCCUUCCGCAGUGGCGCUGGAAGAGAAAGGAGUCCUCCCACCCGCCCCUGCUGCAUCUAGGCCUUCUUGCUAACCCGGGCAUGAGCUACUGGGUCAUCUCCUCUAGGGCCCUGGUCUCGCUCCCUUCUCUUCCCUUAUCGCCGAGACCCAGAAAAAAAUGCAAGCCGGUAGAUCCAGGGAACAUGCAGAGCCCCUCCAUAGUGGUCCUUGAGGUGCCCAACGUGUUAUAACAUCAUCAGGGCCACGGGAAACGGGGUUCUCGUGGUGGUGGUAUUUCCAGCCCCCCCACCACCACCACCAACAUAGGACGCCAGGCUGGUCCUGGCAGGGAAGUGAAUGGUGAUCCUUGGGAAUGCAGACCCAGUCUCUCAGCCAGAAGGUGGAAGAGGGUUUUAAACGGGAGCACGUUGUUGCAUGACGGGGCUAAGUGUGAGGAUAGGGUGACACUGCACUCUCAAAGGAGGGGUUAUCCCAUGGCAGAUGGGUAGCAUGGCCUGGCAGAAGCAGCCAGGUGGCACUUACUUGCUUCACAGGAACUAGUGACAGACAGCCUUUGGGUCCCAGGUGCAAGUGGGGCUGGGCCGACUUUAGCCCUGAGCAGGGCUCCUUGCCUGGCAGUGGGGGACUGCAGCCUUCCUCCUGGCAAUAAUCCUAAAGCAAUAACCAUGGCCCCUCUUGUGUAAGAUUUCCCAGGGAACUGUAAAUAAAACUAUCAGCUUGA